UAUUUUUUAUGAAGAUUCCGAUGUUUUUAUUCUGUUGUUUACAACCCAUCACGUUCUCAUUGGUACAUUAGAAAACAAACAUGGCAUUUUGGAUCGUACAUUUUCUUGUGUUAUUGUUAGUUUUAAACGCAGAAGGACAGAUAGAUUGUAAAUAUGAAACGGCAAUUGCCAACUGCUUCUGUAGUACAGAAAUAAACAUUCUUCAAAACGUCAGAAUUAUUGAAAUUCAGUCGGAAAGUUGUAAUUGUACCAUCAAUUUUCUUGAGGCACAAGAGCAACCGCCAACAGUGGUACACAUGUUCAACAAAUUAUGCAAUUGGCAUUGCAAUGAGAUAGAAUGUGUACCAGACAAUAUUUUACCAGAGGAAGGAAAAACAACUAGGAAACAGGAAAUAACUACAGUUCAUGUACCAGACAAUGUUUUACAGAAUUCUCAAUUGGAAAUGACUAACAAACAGAAAAAGUCUACAACACUGACUACAAAUCAAAAUGCUGACAGUUUAAUAAGUUGGGCUACAGAUAACUGCCUUUUAAACAACUCCCAAGUUUUAGACAGACUAUCAUUUUUGUUGACAUGUCAAAAGUGUUAUAUGAAAUUCAACUUAUCAUCGGAAUUGAAAGAUCAUUUGGAAUUUCACCAAAUUAUAGAUGACAUCAAUACAUUUUCAAAUUCAGAUGACCUAGCCAUUAAUUUCGAUUUGGAUGCUUUAAACGACUUUAAUGUUAUUCAAAAUAUCAAAGACAUAAAUAUGCCAUCAACAAGUCACUCCCACAUCACUUACAGAGCUACUGCUAGUCAAUAUAUGGACCCUCAUUCACAAACACACUUUCAAUAUGGUUUGAACCAAAAUAUAGUAUAUACCAUGGAUGACUUGAAUCAAAGGGUGGAUGCGAACGUAAUGGACAUGGAUGCUAUAACGACAAAUUACAUGGCUACCCCCUACAACUUUGAAGAGGGUGGGAGUGUUAUUCAAGGUGUACACACGUCCCUUCAAAACAGUAUCGACCCUAAUAUCACAUUGACUAUGGACGACAUCGAACAAAGGGGGAGUGGUAACGACAACGAAGAUUUACCUUAUUUAUUUCAAAUGUCGGGACAUAAAACCUUCUCCAAAAAUUUAGCCCGUGAGACUACAUACAAAGUAAAAUUCAAAGAUACCUGGAAAAAUAAAAAAAUGCGCAAUCUUCAAAACGAACUUAGGGGUAUGUUCGAUGACGUACUGGGUAGGGCCAGAGGAAAUGACUAUGACCUCGGAAGAGUUAUCAUUUCACAUCCCGAAUUGAAUAAUUCGAUAGUCGUACCAUUGGAUAACUGGUCCAACAUUAACUCGCAAAGGGUCAUGGAUGCAGUAGAAAACGUCCUAAAUUCCGACGAAAAUUUACCCUUGGAUACAGCUAUGCAAGUCACAAUAGGGAGCAUUGCAGUACCUAGUGGGAGUGGUACGAUACCCAUAACAAGACUCAAAGGGACCCGUAAUUCAAUUGCCCUAAAAAAGUCAUUAUUACAGGUAUCGAAUGACGACGAAAUGUGUAUGGCAACAGCGAUUGGUAGAUGUUUUUUAAAGCUCUGCGAAGUCGUUCCCCUGAACAAAUGGAGAGAGAUCACAAAAGACGAUGACCCCAACAUGAACACUUUUCAAAAAGUCUUGAAACAUGGCAUGACUACCAAAAGUUAUUACAAACACGUGAGUGAUUCCGCUGUGAAUAAUAAAUCUUACAGUAAAACCAUGGCAUUAACCUUAUGUAAAGAAGCAAAUCUUCCAACUGACAAACCCCUAAGCAUUAGAGACAUUCACAGCUUUGAAAACCUAUUGGACCUCAACAUUUUGGUGUUAUCCUCAAAAUUAGGCAACAAAUUUUAUCGUGUGGCUAAUAACUCCCAACGUAAAAACAUUUACCUGUACCUUACGGGUGAUGCAGAUGGAAAUGGACAUUACGAUGCCAUAGGGAGUAUAAAUGGUUAUUUUGGUUUUGGCUAUUUCUGUUCGCACUGUUUAACCCCGUAUAAAAACAAGGGGAGGCACUCCUGUAGCGAAACAUGUGACGUUUGCGGUAGUCAUCAAUGUAAGAUCAGUAACGAUCAAGUUACUUGUUCAGACUGCCACCGAACAUGUCGUAGUGAAGCGUGUUAUAAAAGACACAACUCCCGAGCUUCAGAAGGGUCACUUCCCACACCUCUUCAACACCCAAGAACACCAAUCAUAUAA